AUGAAGUCUCUUCAGAAUUUCGAUGCUUUUGCAAAACCACUCAAAGACUUUCGUAUCAAAACGCUGUCUGGAGCUUUGGUUUCAAUAAUAAGUAGUCUAAUCAUCGGAAUUUUGUUCACAUCAGAACUUCUCUCGUUUACGCGCACACGGAGUAAGCAGGAGAUUAUUGUAGAUGUCAACCGUGGAGAAAAGAUGUCUAUAUACUUGGAUAUAACGCUAAACUUUAUCCCGUGCAGAUUUUUAAGCCUAGAUACAAUGGACACGACGGGCGCGCAGCAGCUAAAUGUUAUGCACGAAGUUUACAAAACUAGUGUUUCAGUUGAUGGCACUCCUUUAUCGGAUAGUGUUCGCCAUGCUGUAAAUGAUGCUUCGGCUAUCACAACGACAAGAGAUCCCAAUUACUGUGGCUCAUGUUAUGGGGCAGAGUCUCCUUCAAGGAAAUGCUGUAAUACAUGUGAGGAAGUUCAAAUGGCGUAUAAUGAAAUGCGAUGGGUAUUUGUAAAUAUUUCUGCAUUUGAACAGUGCCGAAAGGAAAACUGGAACGAGAUUAAACAAAAGAUAGGCAGUGAAGGUUGCAGAAUUCAUGGAAAUUUAACAGUUAAUCGAGUUGGUGGGGCGUUUCAUAUUGCUCCUGGUCAUAGUUACACUGAAAAUCAUGCACAUUUUCAUAGCUUUCAAAGUCUUGGUCCUGUUCAGUUCAACGUGUCUCAUUCAAUCGGGGAGCUUCGUUUUGGUGACUCAUAUCCUGGUCAAGUUAAUCCACUAGAUGGAACAAAAAUGGCGGUACAAACACAUUCCCAGAUGUUUAUUUACUACUUAAAACUGGUACCGACUAUGUAUACCGGCGUUAACCGAAAUGAAAGCACUGUGAUAACUAAUCAGUACUCGGCUACAUGGCAUUCAAAAGGUACGCCUCUAUCUGGUGAUGGUCAAGGAUUACCUGGUAUAUUUUUCAAUUAUGAAAUAGCCCCUUUACUUGUUAAAAUUACUGAAGAGAAAAAGUCAUUUAUACAUUUCCUGACAAAUACAUGUGCAAUUAUUGGAGGAGUAUUUACAGUGGCGAGUCUUCUGGAUGCAUUCAUUUAUCACUCUACAUGUAUAUUACGUAACCGUCAUCAUAGAAAUUAA